AAUCAGUUAAAACCAAACAAAAAAUAUCAGCAAAGCAUCUAGAACAAACAAAGACAAAUCAAAGUUAAAACAAUGGAUUUUGGAAGGUUUCCGAUCAUCUCCAUCCUCGAGGACAUGCUCGAAGUCCCCGAAGAGCAACACGAGAAGAGCCGCAACACUCCUUCAAGAGCUUACAUGCGAGACCAAAAGGCCAUGGCGGCCACGCCAGCUGACGUCGUCGAGCAUCCUGACGCGUACGCUUUCGUUGUGGACAUGCCUGGGAUCAAAGGAGACGAGAUCAAGGUUCAGGUAGAGAACGAUAACGUGCUUGUGGUGAGUGGAGAGAGGAAGAGAGAGAACAAGGAGAAUGAAGGAGUGAAGUUUGUGAGGAUGGAGAGGAGGAUGGGGAAGUUUAUGAGGAAGUUUCAGUUGCCUGAGAAUGCUGAUUUGGAGAAGAUCUCUGCUUGUUGUAAUGACGGUGUUUUGAAAGUGACUGUUGCUAAGCUUCCUCCUCCUGAGCCUAAGAAGCCGAAGACUAUUCAGGUCCAAGUUGCUUGAGGUUCUGGUUUUUUCUCUUUGUUUUAUAGUGUGUUUUUGUUUUGGUUUCGGUUUGGAUGUAAUCUUAAAAUGUAAGUGACUGCGUGCGUGUGCUCUAAAGUGGAAUAAAACCUGUUGUUAUGUUUUUGCUUCUUUGUCCUUGUUGGAUCUUUUUGUUUAUUUUGAGAACUAGACUGCUAA